AUGGGGCCGAGCGGCGCGGCGCCGCGCGCGCGCGCGUUGCAGGUGUGGACCCUGCUCCUGCUCACGGCGCAGAACACGGCGUUGGUGCUCGUGACGAAGAUGUCCUACCGCGACGGCGGUGCGGCGCCGUACGUCGCGAGCACGGUGAUCGCGUGCUCGGAGAUGGCGAAACUGCUCGCGAGCGGUGGGUUAGUGCUCGCGCUGGACGGUGAGCGGGAGUUUUGGAGCGCGGUGCGGGAGAUUCCUUCGAGCGCGUUUCGCCUGGCGCUGCCGUCGGUGCUGUACGUGGUGCAGAAUAAUUUGCUGUUCGAGGGGAUUCGGUUGCUCAGUCCGACGGUGUACAUGGUGUGUUCGCAGAGUAAAAUUUUGACGAGCGCGUUGUUCGCGUACGUGUUGUUGAAGACGACGGUGACGAGGACGCAGGCGGCGUCGCUGUGCGCGCUCGUGGUUGGGAUGAUUUUAGUUCAAGCGCAGGAUGACGGGUCGGCGAGCGGUGGGCGCGGGGAUUCGGGCACGUCUCUGCGUGGUCUCGUGGUCGUGUUCACGGCUUCGAUGACGUCGGGAUUCGCGGGGGCGUACUUGGAGAAGAUGUAUAAACAAGUCGGCGUCGUCGGCGUUCCCGCGCGAUCGAUUUGGGUGAGAAACAUGCAACUCGCGUGCUUCUCCGUGCCCAUAGCGAUGUUCACCGCGAUGAACAAGGACGGCGCGCGCCUGGCGACGCAAGGAUUCUUUGGUGGCUACGACGGCAUCGUCAUCUUGAUCAUCGCCCUUCAAGCGAUCGGCGGUCUCAUCGUCGCGGCGGUGAUGCGAUACGCGAGCAACGUAUUGAAGUGCUUCGCCGUGUCUUUAUCCAUAUGUAACUGCGCCGUGGCGACGACGUACGUUCUCGGCGACGGGACGGAUGGCAUGAGCGCACAUCAGAUGCUCGGCAUCGUCCUCGUCAUCGGCGCCACGUUCGCGUACGCAAACAAAUAG